AUGAAGGCCACCGCAACAUUUACCACCCUCGCCCUGGCGGCCUCUGUUUUCGCCGACGACUGGACUCUCCCACAGAAACGAGACGUGGCCACGAUCCAGACUGUCAUCACAAACGCUCAAAAUGCGCUCACACAACUAGACACAACCGUCAAGGCCUUCAAUGGCCAAAGCUUCACCCAGCUCGCCACAGACGCCAGCAACCUCAAGAACGUCCUGACCCAAGGCACUACACAAAUUCAAGGAACAAGCGCCAUCUCAGCCAACGACGCAGUGAGCUUGCAGGGAUCUCUGGGCCCCGUUCAGACCGCCGCGCAGAGCCUCAGCACCGAUCUCUCGGCCAAGAAGUCGGCAGUCGAGCAGGCCAGCCUUUGCGACGUCGUCUUCCAGCAGACCAAGGACAUCGGCACGGCCGCCAAGGGCCUCAUCGACGCCACCGUUCAGAAGACCCCCGCCGAGAUCCAGCAGAUCGCCGGCCAGCUCACUGGCCAGUUCACAGCACAGCUGGACGCAGUCUCUGGCAACUUCGCCACGGGCAACUGCACCAACGCUUCUGGUGGCUCUGGUGCUGGUAUCAGCCCAACCAACGGCACUUCGACUACCAACUCGGGCUCGUCCAGCUCUAGCAGCACCCUCGGCAAGUCAGCCGCCAACGUCAACACUGCUGGUGCUUUCGGCUUUGUUGUCGCGGCUGUUGCUGGUCUGUUGAUGCUAUAA